AUGAAGUCGCUCACAUUAUCCUCAGUCUUCGCGACUGCCGCUCUCCUUCUCGCCGGAAGCUCGCCGGCUGCCGCUCAACAACAGACGUAUGUCGGCUGCUUCUCCAGCUCGACGCCCCUGGAAGACCAGGGGGCCUACACGUACCAGAGUAACGGAUACUGCAUGAACCUCUGCUACGGGAAAAACAAGGCCGUCUUCGGAUUGUAUAACGGAAACCACUGUCUCUGUGGUGAUGAGAUCCCAGCCAAGGCGGAUAAGGAAGAUAAUGAUGAUGAAUGCAACAAGUCUUGUGCCGCCUGGCCCAUCGUCAUGUGUGGUGGAUCCGACGCCUACUCAAUUUACCUCACCGGUUAUAGCGACAGCGUCGCAUAUUAUUCAGAUAGCUCCACCUCGACCACCUCCUCCUCAAACAGUAGCAGCACUUCCACAACUAGCGGCGGAAACUCAACGACGACAAACGCGAACGGUAGUGUUGCUACCACCGCGACUGUGAGCGCGGGGGGAGACUCGGAAUCGGUCACUAGCACAGCAUCGGCAGACACCGACUCCUCGGGGAAAAAGGACGGACCCAAUACUGCUGCUAUUGCUGCUGGUGUGGUUAUCGGUGUGGUGGGAUUGGCUGCUUUGGUAGGUGCUGGCUUCUUCCUCUGGCGCUUCAAGAAGCGCCACCCCGCUGAUCAGCGGAUGCGCGAAAUGAGCAACGUUGAGCAGUUCGGCAAACCCAUGUCGCAAGACUCGAUGUCCGACACUCGUUUUGACGGUGAUUUUAUGGCCCAAAGGCGCCAGAGCAAUGGUAGCAUCGAUGAUGACCGAGAUUUCUCCCGCCGGAUCCUGCAAGUCACGAACCCCGACCGGCACUAA